CCAUCACUUUGCCUUGUUGUAUACAAAAAAUUCCUUCAAAUAACCAAUUUUUUUUUAAAAAAAAAUUCUUGAUUUUUCGUCGCGACGAAUCAAGUUACAAGAUGAGCACCAACAACAACAACAGAAUGGGAAGUUCCAAGAAGAAGUUGAUUUCAAGUAGAGGACUUGGAAGAGUCCUUAGAGAACAAAGAGCUAAGCUUUACAUAAUUAGGAGAUGUGUAGUUAUGCUUCUUUGUUGGAAUGAUUGAAAUUAAUUCAUUCAACAAAAUUGGCUUAUGGACUUAUAGGGUACUUAUCAAUUGUCCAUAUAUAGUACAAAGAAAUAGUGUAUGUUAGAUUAUUUUAUUUUAUUUUUGAGAAUUUUGUAUACUAAAUUUAGGUCCUUGAGGCCUCUUGUAUACAUUGAAUAGGUUCAAUCAAAGAC